AUGAUCUUCAUCUUCAAGGGUUUCUACGCAGGCUCAUUUACACCUUUGAACACCAUCUACUCGACGGAGGUGGUAUCUUAUCGAAUUCGAGCCGCUGGGCUCUCGCUCUUCCGACUUGUGACCAGUGGAUUUGGAAUUUUGGCUUCGUUCGCGAUGUCGUACGCCAUGGGCGAUCUCGGGUGGAAGUUCUAUAUAAUCAAUGCAUUCUGGGAUAUUCUCUUCCUUCUGAUUAUAUACUUCGUUUGGAUCGAGACUCGCGGUUUGACGCUGGAAGAGAUUGCGAUCAAGUUCGGCGAUCUUGAUCAGGAAGCGUUUACCAUCGAUGGCAUCCCGUCGUAA